UAUGUUUCUGAAACUCUUUCUUGGAUUCUGAUACACUUUCUUGGAUCUGUUGAACGGCUUCACUCUCUGCAACUUUUGUUUCUAAUACUUCUCUCAAGAUUAAUUUUAGCUCUUUCUAUUUCCGUACAAGAAAAAAUUUAGCAAGGAUGCGCUCCCCAGGUUCACUCAAGCAAGAAUUUCUUAAGAAAUGGAUAAUGGGUCUCCAAAGAUGUAGCUCUUCAAAGAACAGUAUGAGUGUCUUGGAUAGAAAGAAGGCUAUAAAGUUGUCAGCAGAUAUAGCUAUGGCUUCUGCAAGAAAAGGUACAACUUGUUGGAGUCGAGCUCUCAUUGCCAGUGCUUCCAAAGGCGCAAGUGACAAACAUCUUGUUGAGCAAAUAUUGGGUCCAGAGUCUGAGAGGCUAAUAUUGAUGAAGAAGUUUUCGACAGGAGCAUUAGUGUGCAGCAAGAGGAUCAGAAGCAAGAAGAUCCUGAAAAGGAGUUGCGGAAUCCGAAGAACAAGAAAAUGUGCACCCCAAGCUGCUCUAGCUAGCUCUAUUGCAAAAAGGUUGGUUAGGAAAAGAACCCAAGUUUUGAAAAGACUAAUUCCUGGAGGAGAAUUUAUGAAUGAAGUGUCUUUGAUUGAGGAAACUCUAGAUUAUAUCAUAUCUCUUCGAGCCCAGGUUGAUGUAAUGAGAAGUCUUGCCAGUGCAUCAGAGCUAAUGAAUCAUAAUUAAGAGCAUCAGUGGUAAAUUGCUCUUUAAUUUGUUCCUUGUAUCUUUAUAUCCUUCCUCUUUUUUUUUUGUUUGGCCCAACGCUUAGUCUAGCUAGAUGAAGGAAAAAGGAAGCUGGAACAGUUGAAGCAUGCAUGUACAGAUGAAUUUUAUAUAUGUAAGUCAAUCAAGGCUUUAAUUUCAAUCUUCUACAAGUCGUUAUUGACUUGCAUUAAGUUUAUAAUCA